AUGCCUGAAACCACCGUGAAAGCGCCCAAGAAGGGCUCAAAGAAAGCUGUGUCCAAGAGUGUCAGCAAGACUGGCAAAAAGAAGAGAAGGACCAGGAAGGAAAGCUACGCCAUCUACGUGUACAAGGUACUGAAGCAGGUCCACCCCGACACUGGCAUCUCGUCCAAGGCUAUGGGCAUCAUGAACUCGUUUGUGAGCGACAUCUUUGAGCGCAUCACCGGUGAGGCCUCCCGUCUGGCUCACUACAACAAGCGCUCCACCAUCACUUCCAGGGAGAUCCAGACCGCCGUCCGCCUGCUGCUGCCCGGUGAGCUGGCCAAGCACGCAGUGUCUGAGGGCACCAAGGCCGUCACCAAGUACACCAGCUCCAAGUAA